AUGAACCGGGCGGUGUUGAAGAAAGGACUCGAGGCGGGCUCAAGUCAACAGGAUCCAAUCGACCUAACAUGCGACGAGACCGUCGCGCCAUCGCCCAAGAGAAUGCCCGGUAUGAAAAGGGCAGCCUCGACUGCUCACGUUCCUCAGUCUUCGUCAACGCCCAGACGGAAGAGAAAAGCUCCAGAGGAUGGCUCGUCACCACCCACAGAGAAACGACUGCGAGCACACCGUUCCCAUCCGCCACUGGCAUUCCACAACGUGCAUGACCGGGCACUAAGCCAGCGGUUUUAUGUCCUCGAAAGAACUCCCAGCGGAACAGACGAGUGUCCUGAGGAAAUAUUCAAGAUGACGGGGUCCACCGGCAAUAUAUAUACCGUUCACAUUAAGCAGCAGCCGACCUGUGACUGCCCCCAUGCUUUGAAAGGGAAUCAGUGCAAACACGUUAUUUACAUUCUUUCCAGGGUGCUUCAGGCCCCGUACGAACUUGUCUAUCAGCUCGCGCUCCUGAGCACUGAGCUACGGUCCAUCUUUGCAAAGGCGCCGUCGCGCAGCCCUGCAAGGGAAUCCGAGAGCGGGAAGCGCAAAGAUAUCGAGGGCGAGUGCCCCAUUUGCUUCUGUGCCUUUGACACCAAGAGCCCCGAGUCAAUCGUCUGGUGUAAGGCGGCGUGUGGACAAAACAUCCAUCAGGACUGCUUUAAGAUGUGGGCCAAGACCAAGACAGGAGACGUGACUUGCCCUUUUUGCCGCAGCAAGUGGGAAACUGAUUCUGGAUUGGUUCCAAAAGUGGCAACGGACGGAGGCAUGUCGAGUGAAGGCUACAUCAAUGUUGCUGAUCAGCUUGGCAUCAACCCCCACAGAGACUCCAGCUCCUACUACUCGGGCUGGAGUCAGUACGGGUAUGGAAGGCGGAGCAGAGCCCCUUGGUACGAAAGAAUUGACGAUUAUACUCUUGAUCGUUACUACGGCUACGAUGAUGAGGAAGACGAUGAUGAGGAAGAAUAUGAAGAAGAAUGA